GAGGGGCAGCGGCGGCGGCGGCGCCAUGGAGGAGCGGGGCGGCGGCGGGGACAGCGAUAGCGACGAGACCGUCGUGGAGGGCUCUGGGACGGAGAGUGAUGUGGAGGAGGAGUUCCUUUGGAGGAGGUUGCCUUUUCUUAGUAAGGACAAGGCUUUAACAACUGAAAUAAGAAUUAAUGAAGGAGCUCCCUCUCCAGAAAUCUGUUUUAUACAGAAAUUUUAUGAUCACACAUAUAGUCAGAAGGAAGAACAGAUAAAUCCAAUACCUCAAGAGGCGUAUGCAUCUGACCAAUCUCAGUCUCUACUGCAGGGUUGGAUAAAGUGUCCAUCACUUACUGAAAAUAUUUCUAAGCCUGUUUUUUCACUAAGUGCUGCAGUAGAGGGACAGCAAAAUAAUUCUGUAGAUAUCAAAUGGAAUGGAUUUCAGAAGGAUUCAGAAGAAAAGAUUUCACAGAAAUCAGUUAAUGAAGAUCUCUCUCCAGAAAUAAACCUCUGUCUAGACGCCCUUCUGGAGGAUAUAGUAACAGUUCCAAAGGAACGGACACCACAAGAUUUAUUUCCGCAUGUUUUAGAAGAUUGCCAGAGAACCUGUAUGACCAUUAUUGACACAGAUAGCAGAGUAAAAGAACAUUCCCCUGAUAAUGAUACAGAUCUUUCACUGACAUGCCCAGGGAAGAUUUUCAUGGAAGCAUUCACUGAACAGAGUAUGCAGACUGGUGAAUUUGAAAUCAGUGAUUUGUUGAAACCCCUCAGUGAUUCUGAGAGUCUUAAAAUGAUAAAUCCAUUGCCUGACAAGUUAGAGUGUCAGGUUCAUGCCUUUUCCAUUGAUCCAUCAGCAGAUGAGAGCAGUGAUGCCCUGCCAGUACAGCUUGUGACAGCUCUGAAUGCCUUGUCAGGAUCUGUAGUACAACCUGUCACUCCCGUAGUGCCAAAUGAGAGACAGCUUAACACUGAGGGAGAGCAGUUAAAUUCAGAACCAAGUAUUCCCCAGUUACAUGAUAACUAUACACAAAUAACAAAUAUGAUUGAGCCUCAACUUUCUACAAUUCAGGUGGAAGAAAUAGAAGUCUUAACAAGAUCUAACUUGCAGAGGACAACAAAUGAGCAACCUGUGGGUGAUCAGCAGAGAGAGAAAGAAGUAAUUAUUUCAGAUUCCUGGGGUGCCACCUCUAGUGAAAAGCAAACUGGUGAGGAAAGUUCACAUUCAGCGGAGGCUGCAGUAUGUGCAGAAACAGCCCAAACAACAUCAAGGAAAGCGAUGCAGUUAAGAGACACCUCAAGAAAGUGCAGAGAUCACGUUUCCAGUCAUCGCCAAAUACUAGAAGAGACUCAGCAGAGGAUGUCUCACAGUGGCAGUACAACAAGAAGCAAAGCUAAGGAUUUUGAUAAAAUUCAGAAAUCUUCUAAAGACAAGCAGGAUCUAGAAACCAACAUACGCCAAGAAAUAACUCUGAAUGAGGAUAGAGAAGCUAAGCAGAGAAGAAGGAGCAAGAGAAUUGAAAAAAAACUGAGACAAGAAGCUUUUCGAAGAAAUUCUGUAAGUCCUUUUUUCCCCAUUUCACUUUCAACAAUCAAUAGGAGGAAUAUUUAUGGUGAGACCUUACUAUAUAGAGCUGUGGCUCAAGAAGAUGUAGACCUUGUACGUAACAUAAUAAAAGCUGGUGGAAGUGUAAAUGUUCAGGAUUAUGCUGGCUGGACUGCACUACAUAGAGCAAGUGUGGAAGGCUUUUACGGGAUAGCAAAUGAGCUUUUGAAAGCAGGAGCUGAUGUUAAUGCUAGAGGAGAUGAACAAAUAACACCAUUGCAAGAUGCAGUUAAAGAAGGCCACUAUAAGAUGGCAGAGUUACUACUUUGGUAUGGAGCUGAUCCCUUAUUAAAAAAUGAGAUGGGAAGGUGUGCAUUAGAAGAAGCUUCUGACGCAUCUAUGAGGAAACUGCUUGAAAGCUACGUAGCAGAAUCCAGAAGAGAUUCAGUAUCAGGUGGAGAUGAUUCAAAGAGUAUGUUAAAUACUCAAAGUGUAGAGGAUACAAUCCUGCACCAGAUUUCCUUACAGACAGGUGACUCUGAACCAGCAUGUGCAAAUCUUAGGGAUUCAGACAGCGCGGACAUAUUGCAACAGAUUAUUGUAAAUGAGGUGCAAAACAUUUAUACUAGUGUAUCUGAAGGUGGAACCAGCUGCACUGAACAGACACUUCAAGCAAAUGCAGAAACAUUGUUAGCACAUGAGCUUUUAGCAGCUACUGAUAGAGAAAGUGUUUCUGGAAGUCCUUACAAUUCUACCAGUGGUGUACUAAGCACCGUUAAACAAAAGGCUCCACAACCAGAGAAAGGAGGGAGGAUCCUGGUUGAUGCAGAAGAAGGAGUUGAAGGAUGUCACAUGGAAACUGAAAAUGCUGGUAGUUUAGAGAUGGAGCCUAUAGCUUUACAACUCCAUGAAAAAGACACACUUCAAAUUAGGCGAAAGAGAGAGGAUUUUCAGGAGACCAACUCAAAAGCAGAUUUGCAUUUUGGUGUUAAUGCAAACAGCAAGUCUCUUUAUUCAUUUCAGGUUGUGGAAAAUAUGCAGAAAGAAACCUCCCAGAAAACAGAUGAAGGAGUGUUUGCUGGAGUAAGUGGAACAGAAGGCACUGAAAAAAAUGGAGAAGAAGGAAAUGCAAAGACCAACGUGCUUUCACAGUUUACUGGAACAGAAGAAGUCCAAACUAAAAGAGUAAGAUUAGACCUUCAGGAGACAAGCCAGAAGGCGGCCUCAUAUUCCAGUAGCAGCACAAACAAGCUUUCAUGUAAUCAAUCACAAUUCAGUCAAGCAUCAGAACAGCAAACAUCCAUGAAAUCAGAAUCCUCCCUAUCUACCAGAAAAGAAGCUGUAAUUUUACAUGGUACCUAUAAAACAAGAGCUGGGAGAAAGAAGAAAAAGAAGAGAAAUGUAAAAGGGGAAACUCAGCUGCAUAUUGCCGCUAGAAGGGGAGAUUUAUCUUUGGUGAAAACUCUAAUAUCAUCUGGAAUUUGUGUCAAUGAACAGGACUAUGCAGGUUGGACAGCAAUUCAUGAAGCUUCCAGUGGGGGAUUUACUGAAGUCAUCUUAGAAUUACUGAAAGCUGGUGCUAAUGUUAACAGCAGAAGUCUGGAUGGUAUUUUGCCAAUACAUGAUGCUGUUUCUGGCAAUUAUUUGGAGGCAGUCAGGAUUCUACUACAGCAUGGAGCAAAUCCCUAUGAGAGGGAUGGUUCAGGAAAAAGCGCUUUGGAUGAAGCUUGUGAUAAUGAAAUGAAAGAACUGCUGAAGUCUUACAGUGCUAUGGACUCUGUACUUCCUGUUGAGACUGUUGAAGUUACAGAGAGGAAAUGUCCUUCUAGGUCAAGAAGAUCAAAACGUCAUUGUUACGCCUGCUGUCAAAAUGAUGAUGCAUCUUUGGAGCCACAACAUGAGAAAUACAGUGUGGAGUUUGUUGCUGCCAUACAAGAUGCAGAAGAGAAGCAAAAAGAACUGUUGCUACUUGAAUUGAGAAAUUUCAAAGAUGCAGAAGUGUAUAUCCAAAGGCUGUCUCAGAUGCAAGACACUUUGAAUGAAAUGCUUGCAAAACAGAAAACAGAAAGGGAUACCCUUGCUAAAAAAUACAGGGCUUCAGUGGAGUCUUUUAAAAAAGGAGCACUGAGGAAACAAUUAGUUAACCUUGCUUCUAGGCAAAAGAGUCUGUUGACUGUUGCCCAAAACCAGGAAGAAUUAGUCCAAAAAAUACGAAAUUACAGAAGAACAAAGCAAGUGUUCAGUGCAUCAUGUUCAGAGAAGCAAAUCUCAAACUUAGUUAUUUCCCAUGGAAAUUAUAAAAGACAAAGUUUAACUGCUGAUGAAAUCAUGUCUCCUGAUGUAGUUACAUUUAGUGUGGGACUUGGUGCCAGCAUGCCUAAUGGAAACAGAGUAGAAGCACAUCUCUCCUUAGAAAAUAGAUUUGCAGCUCAGGAAUGCAGCCAACAUCCACACAUCUGCUUGGAUGAGACAGGAGCAAAUAAAGGAGCAAUUAGAAGCAAAGAGGCUUCUGAUCAUGCUUUGGCAUCCAAAAACAGGGAAAAAGAAUAUCCCUUUGACAACAUGUCAAAGCUGACAAAUGCUGUAGAAGUGGUGCAAUUGCCUUCAGAACCUACCGUUUCCACUGCUAAAACAAAGUGCUCACAGCAAAAAGACAUUGAUUGUGUAGCAAUUACAGAACAAGGAAACAAGUCUUUGAAUCCCACUUCAGUGACCAACGCAUUAAAUAUUGUAGAACCCCGAAGCACUGUUGUCAAUAACAAUGUCUGUCAGACAGGCAGUGACUGCCAGCAGGUUCUUACAGAUGAGGGUCUACACAGAUAUGUAAAUAAGAAAGAAGCUUUCCAGCAGCAGCAGCAGCAAGUAAUUUUGUCAACAUCUACAAAAAACUUCUGUAAUACUCUGCAGCAAAUGAUCUUUCAGAGUAGUGAGAACUCAUUUAAUGCCAACUUGGUGCUUACAAAUCUUACCUCAAAUACAGAUUAUCCAGUAAACCUCAGUGAGAAGUCUUCCCAGAGCUAUAGUAAUCAGGAAUGUGAAGAAAAACAAGUGAGGUAUGGAAGAAAAAAUAAGAAAAAGCUUCAAUUGUUAGAUCUACUUGAAUUGGGAAGGAUUAAGCCAGGAGAAAAUGUUUUAGAAUUCAAACUGCAGGAAUUUAGUCAUAAAGCCACGCUCUUAAACAAUGGCAAGAUCAGAACCAGUAAGAGACAAAUACUGCAGAAUCCAGAGCAGUGGGUGAAAGACAUACUAGGAAGUGGUAUUUCUGUGACAUGGAAGUAUGUGUGGAAUAAGGUUACAUAUCUUGGGACACAGUUGUCAAAAUUUCUUGUUGAAGAAGUGUCAGUUUCUAGUGACCUGGAAUUACCAUCACAAGAAAGAGAGCCUUUGGGAAAGAAUUUUAUCACAAAGGACCUCAGCAACCACAACCAGCACCAUCAGAGUCCUGAUACUGUCUCCGUUGCUCAGCCUCUUGGAAGCUUUGACCUGAGCAAUAUGCAGCCAAAAACCCCAUCCUUGCCACAAACAGAAGUUGUGAAAACAUUGCUAUGCACUGAAAGAGAAGCAGCUGUUACCAGGGAAUUUAAGAGCUCUUCUGUCCAGUUCAACUCAGUGGAAAGUCUGACAUGUUUUCUUCAAUUCCGUGAGAUAGUAAUGGUACGUAAAGAGGAGUUUCUACCAUGCCCUGUAAUGGAAAAGUACUGGAGAUUCUACAAAGAAUGUGAAGAUUUUGGAUUCUAAAGACUUCCCGAGUGCUAACAUUUUCUUCUUUGUCAUCACUUAAAAGUAAACAUUUGAGCUUUUAGAACUAAGUGCUUUGUUACUGUCAUUUUGAUAAAUCAUUUGCCCAGCACUUGGAAUGGACUGAAAGAUUGUUUUGGUAAAUGAGGAACAGGGGAGUACUUUGUAGCAGGUGAGGAUAACUGUCAAUACUGUAUUUUGUGCUGUAAGAUUAAGAAACGGGGAAGUAGAUGAGGACUGUUAUACACUGAUGCUCAUUGUGAAAUCUGUUCCAGAUUGAUAACUUUGUAUGAAAUUCCACUGAUUUCAGUGGCUGCCCAUGCUUGGUGGGGCUGCACAGAACCAAAUAGGUAUCAACACCAAUAGUCACUUUCUACACCUAAACCUGGAACCACUCUGCCUAAGCAUGUGCUAUCAGAAAUGGCUGCAACUGUUUGUGUAAUAACAUAAGCUGUUAGAUUAGGCAAAAAAUCAAGAUGAGCAGCUUUGAAAAUCACUAGCAGCUUUGCUUUAUGUGGCAUGGAUAUAUACAAACAUUUGAGAAGCAGCCAGGUGCUGGGAGAGGUUAAAAGAGGAAUGUUAGCCAUUGGAAGUGCUCAGGGAAAUUCCAUUCAUGUUCCAGCCCAGUCUUUCUGAUAAGCAGAUAAUGUGCUGGCAUAUGGCAGGAAAUGCAGUUAGCCUGUUUGUGGAACAUGAAUUUUUCCAUCUGACAACAUCUUAGAUAUUGACCCCGAUCUCUGGAGGAUUUCUGUUUGUUUUAAUGUUAUAAUGUGUGAAUCUGCCUCAGUAGCAUAUUUGUAACACGUUUGACUGUCAUGAGAGUUAUCUGCAUUCAAAUGGCAUUCUUGCUCUUUGGUUCUCUGGAUUAUAAGAAGAGAUGAAAUAAUAGCACCUGCUACUCCUAACUCCAGUGAAUGGGAUGAGAAAUAUCUCCUGUCAAUACAUAACCACCUCAGCUAGCUAUUUGGAGUGUGAAGAGGUGUUCUGUGGAGAUUUGAUUAGUGUCUUAAACAGAAGGUGGUUUAGGGAAGAGAGAGGGGUCUGAUGUGCAGAGAGCUAAUACUGCGCCUUAGGAUGCAUGAGCAAUCAUAGCCUGAUGGGCUGUAAGGCUAAAGAAAUGCAAACUGCCUGGAAGUCAAAAAAGUUACAGGCUACUGAGUGACAGGUAUUUUGUGAAGGUCACUUGCCACACAGAAAGAAAAUGGAGCAGUCUCACAGCUGCAGCAGCAAAACAAACCUGACGGCAUAUUGGUUUAAAGGAAAUGUUCAUUCAAAUACUACACUUCCACUUUCACUGAAAAGUGAAAGACUUUUGACUGUUAAAAUUACUAUUGAAUUACUUACAUGUUUGUUUGACAUCUUUUCUUUGUUACAAGCUGUCUAAUAAAAUUAAUGUGUAAAAACUGG